GUGGCAUAAUGUGUCGUGAAUGUUAAACGAUCUAAAAUCUAAACUCCUCAACCUAUACCUUAAUUAUUUUACAAGACGUCUUGACAUAAGAUAAGAGCCGCGUAUAAACGGCUCAUAAAAUAAUAAUUUCCGUUUAUAAUGUCCUCAUUGAAAUAAUAAAAAUGGAACACAAAGAAAACGGUCUAAUCGAGCAAAGUGUUGUAAAAAAGACGGGUUGCUGGGCGAAAUUCAAAAGCCUUUUCGACGAUCGAGGCUUCGAUUUAGAAUACGAGUACAAUAAUGGGCAUUCCGGAAAUAUUUCCACAAAUAACACAGAGGAAGGGUAUAGGCGAUUAGAGGAGAGGGUUUCUAUAAGUACAGAGCAGGAGGUCGUCGAUAAUGAUGGGGAGUUAAGUGGGGUUAUUAAUUUUUAUGAACAAUUCGCGACAAUAAGCGAUGAAGUGAAAGAGGAGAGUGCGGAAAUGCGGAGACGGUCUAUGGCUAGAAAACGGGUAUCAAUGAGACCGAGUGUAUUAUUGACAAAUAUACUUGAGGAGUCGGCUGAUAACGAGUCUGAUAAGCCUGAAGAGAACAGAUCACCGCCUCCUGCACCAAUUCCGUCAGCAAUCUUCUACGCACCACCGGAACCGCUAGAAUUAUUAUGCGUAUUCCCGGAACGCGCCUCCCGCGUGUGCGCAGCAGCCUGCAACGCAGUAGCCCGCGCUGGCGGCGAGGCGAGGUCCGUGCGAAGCGCACGGGAAGCCCUCGAAGCCUUUCGCAGAGAUCUUGAAACGCGGAUUCCUCAUGUCGUCAUUGUUGAUGCAAGGCAGCCGCAAAUUAUGGAUUCUACCUUAUUAGCUAGAGCAAUACGAGGACUGAAAAACACACAACACACCAUUUUGAUUGCAGUCGUUAAAAAAAGUGCGUACCUAAAAGAUGACUUUGCUGUUCUACCAUAUUUGGAAGCAGGCUUCAACAGAGUAAUGGUUGAAACAUUAGGGUCAACCGCGUGGUGCGCUGAAGUACUGCAAGCUCGGUCAGCCGCGGCAAGUGCGCGGGCGCAGGUCGCCGCCGUCACUGCUCUCGCAGCUGCUGCAGAUCGCUGCAGGGACCUCGUUGCCGUUACUGAUGACCAGCAGAGGGUGCUUCUCACUAAUAAGUCCUGGUGCCGGGUCGUCGGAUGGAGGCCAGAUGAAGGGCCGCGAUCUUUUGCGGAAACCAUCGGAGGCGAAGGCCUACGGCUGGCUACUAGUGGAGCGAGGGACUGGGACGCACCUGUUUUGCUCAGGCGGAGGGCGUCUCCGGACCCCGUUCUGUUGGCCUGCAAAGGAGCUGCUGUAUCACUGACACGAAGUAUAUCUCACAUAGUUUUCGUCUGUGAACCCAGCAAUAUAUCGGAAGUCGAGCGAGGGCGUGGUUCACUGCACUCCAUCAGGCGCGGAUCUCUCGAUGUACGAUCUGUGGCGUCAGAUGGCUUAAGACGUACAUCGCUGGCUAAACUUCAAGGCCUACCUUUAGAAGCUCCUAUAACAAAGGUGAUAUCCCUUCUAUCUACCGCGACAGAAGGUGCUCCACCCUGUACAGUGGCCUGCAUAGAACGCGCUGUUGACAUGUUGAGGACUUCAGAACUCUACUCCCCUCAGAUGAGGGAAGACCCGAAAAUGCGGGCAGAAGACCCCAUCGCCACCGAUCUCAUUGGAGCUUUGCUUUCGCGGGAGCAAGCGAACGCAAACCUUAUUUAUAUGGGUACAUCCAACGUGUUGUCAUCGCGAAGAAGUAGCAAUGACUCAACAGUAGUUAGGUCGCAGACAAAUAGGAGCAACUUAAAACAUAAGCAAUCGUUACAGACGUCUGGGCAACUCAGGGAGAUCCUAGAUACAGCCUUAUGUUGGGACUUUGAGAUAUUCCAUUUAGAAGAUUUGACCCGUGGAAGGCCGUUGACUCAUCUUGGUCUGACCUUGAUGGGAGGAAGGUUCGACGUCUGCGCAGCUCUGGAAUGUGACGAGAGGACCCUGCUCCAUUGGCUGACAAUCAUUGAGACAAAUUAUCACGCAGUUAAUACGUACCAUAACUCUACACAUGCUGCAGAUGUCUUACAGGCCGUGGCAUGCUUUAUAGAGAAGGACCGCCUGAAGAACCUCCUGGAGCCUCUCGAAGCCGCAGCUGCCCUUAUCUCUGCGGCAGCCCACGACAUCGACCACCCUGGGACCUCAUCAGCCUUUCUCUGCAACGCUCGUCAUUCGCUCGCCAUACUCUACAAUGACGUCGCCGUGCUUGAGUCUCAUCAUGCUGCUCUUACUUUCAAACUCACUCUUAAUGACGAUCGCGUGAACAUAUUCAAGAAUCUCGACCGUGACACGUUUAAGUCAGUACGGCACAACGUCAUCGACAUGAUUUUGGCCACGGAGAUGACCAAGCACUUUGAGCACUUGGCCAAGUUUGUCAACGUCUUCUAUGCGAAGAGCACCGGUAGCAAAGAGGAUGGAAUGCACACUGACGAACCACUAUCAUUGGACACAACGGCUCUGACGUCACAGGAGAACGUGAUCUUGGUGAAGAGGAUGAUGAUCAAAUGCGCGGACGUAUCUAAUGCCUCCCGACCUCAAAAGUUUGCGUUCGAAUGGGCCAGGAGGAUAGCAGAGGAGUACUUCCUCCAAACAGACGAGGAGAAGGCGAAAGAGCUCCCAGUGGUUAUGCCUAUGUUUGAUCGCGCCAGUUGCUCCAUCCCGCGCUCUCAGAUCGGAUUCAUAGACUAUAUUAUUAUUGACAUGAUGGAGGCAUGGUCUGCCUUCAUCGACAUGCCAGAGUUGGUGACGCACGCCCGCAACAACCACCAACGCUGGCGGGAGCUUGACGAAGCUGGUGUCACCACCAUUGCUGAUGUCAAACGCGCUCAAAGACAAGCUUUGCCUCCUUCCACCUCACAACCCACUGCCGAAGAGUAAAAAUAAACUCCAAUUUUAUUAACUAAACUAUGUCGGCCAUUUAGCUCCGAGGUGGACUCUAAAGCCCCGUUUUGUCACCAGCGGCUUUUGUAUAAGAACCUGGGUUAAAUGCAAUGUGCUGUUGCAAAUUAAAUUGAACUAAAGUUCAGUUAUUCACUUUCUUCCUUCAUUACUCGAUAAAUAGGUCCCGAUUUAUUACUUCUUCUGGACUUUUUUCUAAAAUUAUAAUUACUACAUCAUUUGCAAAAAAAAAAUAAUAACGUAAAGACUAUUUUUCAAACUUAGCCAGCAUUCAUUAUAUUAUUAAAUUAAAUAUCCAUUACCAUAUUUAGCAUAAUUCUUAGAGACCGAGUCAGUCUUACUACAUUGUUUUAACUUAAUAACUGUCUUUAUAAAACAAAAGAACUUUACUUAAUAAGACAGAUCGCAGUGUUAUACUGUUCACCUAACUUUCACUCACAAUCAUCUUUCGCCAAUGAAUUUCCAAAUCGGGGCCAAAUAAUAGACUUUAUAAACAAAUGUACGAAAUAUGCCAAAGUACUCGUACAAGGGGAGCGACUUUUCUGCAUUUGCAUUGAAUGUGAAUGUUUACGUAAAAAGUCUGAAACGGACAUAGCCUACGGAUGUCCGGAAAUACGCUUAUUUUAUAUACUUAUAUCAGUGUUAGUAUAGUUCAAAUGUUACUAUCUACUUAGUUUUAAUCCCGUAUGUUUGUCACGAAUUGGUUUUUAUUUUUCGAUGUUGUCUUUAAUAUUAGGGACAAUGAUACAGAAAUAAACUGGGAGAUGUGUUAUUAAGGCUUCUAAGGCCACAAAAAUUGAACUUUGUUUAACUUUUAAUCUAUACUUAUGCAGUGUUUAUUUGUUUGUCUAAACAUGCUAAUACCAGGAACUACCGAUUAGAAUUAAACGUUUCAUUUUGGAUAUUCCAUUUAUCUACAACUGAAUUGCGUGAUAAAGUAUGCUAUAUAUACGUACACUUAAUUUGAAUAAGCUUUUAAAUUUAAAUUAUAUUUAGAAACGUCCCAAGUUGCUAUUAGGGAAAUAUAAUGCAUUCUAAAUAUUAAGCUCCAGUAGCAAGGCAUUCGAUGUAGUGAAUUAAUUACAUACUCUCUCUAUUUAUUUGGGUGAUCACAAAAUGUUUAGGAUUCAUUCGCAAUCUGUGGCCAACGCAACUUCAGAACUUAAUGACACGUUUGUCUUUUUAUCCUUGUAUCAUUGAAAUAUUGUAUUUGAUGUACGGUUGCCAUUUAGACGGGUAUUGUUGUGUAGAUAAUAUAACCGUGACAGCAGUGCCAUAUUUGUUGUUGGCAACAUUUCUGUGACUUGUAAUUCAUCCCUGCGAACCAUGACAAGAAGCAGACACUUUAGAUUCAUGUCAAAUUGGUCCACAUAUACUUGAGCUUUGAGAAUAUUCCUAUUUUUAUACAAUAUUUUAUAACAUCUACCAAUCUCGGUCUGGUCAUAUCAAAAUUCAAAAUUUUUCGAACGUUUUGAACAGAUUUUUUCUAAUAAAGGAUGCUUUCUCUCAUUCCUUAUAUACAUGUAUUUUAUACUUACGUAGAAUAUAUUGAAUGUUAACAUAAUUUAUAAAGAUUGAAUGUCGCUUGGACCUUUUUCAUUAAAGUAUUUUCGAAUAAGGCUAACUUGUACUAAAUGUAGAUUGUAUUCGUCUAUAUGACGCUGGUAAUUUUACAAUAGGUGUAAUGUUUAAAAUAAUUAUUAAAUAUGACGCUUUCUCGUGCUCAAUGUCAAUAUAAACGGUCUAAUGUUAAUUAAUAGAUGUUGUAUUUUGCCUUUUCAAUUAUUGUAAACAAUUCUUGCAACUUAUUAAGUAGAAUAUGGUAGUCAAUCUCAUAAUAUGACUGUGUGUUAUUGAUAAAAAUAUAUUUAACCGUUUUCGUAUACUAACAUAGCACAUUUUAGAGAUAAAUAAAUAUUAUUUGCUAAGUAGCUCAAAUCGAAACUUAUCUAGCUUCUAAUCAAAACCAUUUUAGAUUUAUAUCUGAUUAUUGGACAUUUUUGGAUUAUUUCUUUUCGUUUUUGAAGUAUUGCCCAAAUUUCUAUCUUCGACAAUAGUUGCAAGUAGCGACACUUGCUAUAUUUAAAUGUCUUCUACUGCGUCGCCGUGUUGAUAGUCAAAUUAUGAAUACGCUUACUUUUGCAUUACUUUCUUUGUUUUUCACCUUAUCCCAAGUCUACUUGGGAGUGCUGCACAAUAAGUAUCGUAAUUUUGGUGUAUAGUUGAAAGGGCUGGUCCCAGGCAUUGUGAAAACAGUGUUACUUAUAGAAAAACUAUGUGUACUAAUAAAUCUGUUAAUAUUUUCUCAUUGAAUAGCAAUUAUAACAUCUGAAGUAAUAUGCUAAUGUCAUUUAUACCACUAAGUUCCAGUUUUACGUACAAGUGUUUAACGUUACGAUGGCUUUCAUGGGUGUAGAACAGCGGGGCUACCCUGUAAGAACUAAAGCGAUUUCCUAUGUGUGCAAUUUCACGAAAUCAAAUAUGUGUAUUAUCCAUAGAAAAAAAUGCUAUAUACUUACAGGGUAAGCUAACUGAAAGGUUCUGUUUGGUUUUUUAAUUUAAAUGUGAAUCCUAGUUUUUUUGGGACUAUAUAUAACUCCAAAUCGUAGAUUCGUCAAAUUCAACUGAAAUUUUUGUAAACUAAUCUGGCUCUGUUUUUUGAAAAUGAUUACAUGUAAUGUUUAUCCCAUUAUGAAUGACAUUGUUAUGUGUUGUAAAUAAAAUAAAACCAUU